AUGGACGUGACAACCGUCACCUUCCCCGACUGUCUUCCCUCCAUCCUCAACGACAUUUCCACCAGCUGCUUCGUGUCGGUGGAUUUCGAAUUGUCCGGGGUGGUUUUCAAGCCAAGUGCACCACAAUCCAGAACCCAGACUGUGGAGGAGCGAUAUGUGGAAGCCAAGGCAGCGGCAGAGCGCUACCAGAUUCUCCAGGUUGGACUGACGACCUGCCAUGAAGACAAGGAGAAUGCCACCUACACCCUUAAGCCAUACAAUAUCAGCUUGAGCCCGAUCACCCAGCCUGAGAUCGAUGUGAAUCGGGACUGGACAUUUGGAAGUCGCUCAAUGAAAUUCCUGCUCGCCAAUAACUUCAGCAUUGACCAUACGUGCUCCUUCGGCGUGCGAUACCUCUCUCGAGAGGAAGAAGAACUAGCCGUCAAACGAGCCAUAGAGAAAUGCCACUCGCGUAGCCCCGUCCGAUGUAUGGAAAUCAAAGGAGACGACAAGGAAUCUCUGAAAUUUGUUGCAAUCGUUCGGAUUCUGGUCGAUGGAUGGCUGGCACAGGGCAAGACACGCCGUGGAUGGCUCAACAUUCCGCCGCCCAGCAGCCUGCAGGCCAUGCCCGGUCCCCUGCCUGGCGCAUUAACUAACAUGCAGAAAUGGCUUGUUCACAAGGUUAUCGGCGAGGAAUACCCCCACCUGACGUCGCGAGGUGCAUCCACAUUCGUUCAAAUUGAAAUGCGGGACUUGGCCUCUGAGAGGCUUGCCUUCGAGAAGAAGUUUAAGAUCAAAAAGGCACGCAUUCGAGAGCAUAUCGGGUUUCGGUGGAUUGCAGAGGCCCUUGUUGGUGGAAACCUCGAAGAACUAGAACCAGUUUCUUUCCAGCCUUUGAUGAAGAUCAUCGAGCAGCCGACUUUCAGCGUCCAGCAAUUAGCAGAGCAAGUCAAGAGCCAGAUCAAGAAGAAUAGACCCGUGCUGGUCGGUCACAAUAUGUUCUGUGACCUGCUUUUCUUCCACAGAUGCUUUCUGGGGCCCUUGCCGGAUACUCUCGCCGGCUUCCAAGCUGCUGUCCAUGACUUGUUCCCUGUACUGGCAGAUACCAAGUACCUGGCCACUCACGACUGCGGCUCGCUGAACCCUAUGUCAUCACUUGAGCAGCUCAACACGAAUUUGGCGAAUAUAGAGAACCCCAAGAUAGAAAUCGAUCCUGGCUUCUCAAAAUACAAGUUUCGCAAAAGCACCCAUGAAGCAGGCUACGACAGCAUGCUCGCUGCCAUGGCCUUCAUAAAACUUGCUGGCAACAUACAGCGCGGCGCUUCAAUCCCAUUUGGCAAAGCCAAGACCUCUGCCAAAGCCAAGACACAGACGACCGCAGCAUCCAGUCUGGUUGCCAGUGUGAUGACACAGUCCAGCAAAGAGAAUGGGCCCAAGAAGGAAUUCAGCGACUUUUUUGACCUUGAGGAUGAGAUACUUCCAAAGAUCAAAGAAGCCCAGAUUGCUCAACCUGGCAUAUCCCUCACCGACACUGGUUCCGAGCGUAUAACUCGCCUGGUCAGCCAGGGCAUUUUGCUGCCACGUCUUGGGGAUCCCUUUUGGAAUGUCUACGGGAAUAAGCUGCGAGUUUUCGGCACCCAAGAGCGGGUGAUCCAACUGGGAGAAGAAAUCCCCAAAGAAGAGGAGCUCUUGCUGGAGCUUUGA